CCCCGCCCCCCCCGCCUGCCCGAAGGCGACGAUUUCCUCUCCCUCCACGCCGACUCCGACGACGAGGGCGACGACUUCGGCGCCGACAGCCAGCCCGAGCCCCGCUGGAAGAGCGGCGCCGACCUGCGCCGAAAGAUCCUGGCCCAGCGCCGCCCCCGCUCCCCGGCCAGCGCCGGCUCGCGGAAAAAAGCCAAGAGGUCGAGGGAGAGGUCCUGGGGGGGCGGCGGCGCCAAGCCCCCCCCCAAGAAGAAGAAGCAGCACCGCUCGCGCUCCCGCUCCCGCCGCCCCGCCGCCUCCCGCCGCCCCCACCCCUCGCACCCGGCGUCGCGGCACGAGGGCAAGGCGGAGAAGGGCCCCCGGCGGGGGGGGGGCGCGGUGGUGCCCCCCUCCAUCCAGGAGCUGAACGACGCUGACCUGUUCGCCAUCAAGCGCACCAUCACCGUGGGGCGGCGCGAGGGCUCUCCCGAGGCCGGGCGGCCGCCGCGGCAGCCCCCCCAGCAGCGCGAGGUGCUCUACGACUCCGAGGGGCUGAGCUUCGAGGGGGGGUCGGACCGCGAGGCCGCCCCCCGGCAGCCGCCCCCCGCCGCCGCCCCCAGCCCGGGCGGCGAAGCCAAGGCGGCCAAGGAGAAGGAUCGCAAGCGCGGGCACGGCGAGGAGCGGGCCGGGGGGCGCGAGAGGCACAAGAAGCGGCCGAGGGAAGCCCCCGGAGAGGCCGCCAGGAAGGAGAAGGCGGCGGCGGCGGCGGCGACCCCCAGCCCGGCCCCGCGCCGCGCCAAGGGCGGCCCCAAGGAGCCCGGCGAGCCCAAGGCGGCCCCGGCGCGCCGGGUGAAGCUGCAGUCCAAGGUGGCCGUGCUGAUCCGCGAGGGCGUCAGCUCCACCACCGCCAAGGACGGCGGCGGCGGCUCCAUCGGCGUCAAGUUCAGCCGCGACGCCGAGAGCCGGGCGCCCUUCCUCAAGCCAGACGAGAAGGCGGCGGCGGCGGGCGGCGAGGGGAAGGCGGCGGGGGGCAGGGCCGAGCCCCCCUCCCUCAGCAAGGAGCCCGGGGGCAAGAGCAAGAAGGCCAAGGGCACCAAGAGCAAGGGCGGGCUGAAGAAGGCCAAGGGCGCCGGCGGCAAGGCCAAGGCGGGCGGCGAGGCGAGGAAGAGGAAGAAGGCGAAGGCCAAGGGCGCGCUCAAGAAGUCCAAGGCCGACAGCUGCAGCCAGGGCGCCGGCGGCGCCCCCCAGCGCCUCCCCGCGCCCCUGGAGCCGGCCUGGUCGGGCUCCGAGAAGUCGGGGGGCAGCCCCAAGCCCCAGAGCCCGCUGCCGGCCGCCCCCCAGCUCCCCAAAGCCGGGGGGGGCGCGGGGGCCGGCCCGGCCGCGACGACGACGACGGCGCCGCCGGUCCCCGCGGCCGCGCCGGCGGAGCGGGAGCUGACGCCGGACUCGCAGACGGUGGACAGCAGCUGCAAGACGCCCGACGUCUCCUUCCUGCCCGAGGAGGGCACCGGCAGCGCCGCGGGACCCCCGGCCAUGGGGGGCGGACCCCCCCCCACCACGGCGGCGGCGGCGGCCGACCCCCCCCGCGCCGAACCCGAGGCCGACAGCCGCUCGGAGCCCAAGGAGGAGCCGGGGAGGCCGCUGGGGCCGGCGGCGGCGCCGGUGGCCUGGAACCUGCAGGGCGGCGUGGACUGCGCCACCAGCGGCGUGCUGGCACUGACGGCGCUGCUCUUCAAGAUGGAGGAGGCCAACCUGGCCAGCAGGGCCAAGGCGCAGGAGCUGAUCCAGGCCACCAACCAGGUGGGGACACGGCGGCGUCACCGGGGGGGCUGGGGGGCGGGGGGUGGUCCGUGGAGGUGGUGGGCACACAAUGGAGGUGGGGGGCACCCAACGGUGUUGAUGGACACCCAACAGUGUUGGUGGGCACCCAAAGGAGGCGAUGGGCACCCACUGGGGGUGGUGGGCACCCAACGGUGUUGGUGGGCACCCAAAGGAGGUGAUGGGGACCCACUGGGGGUGGUGGCCCCCCAACAGUGUUGGUGGGCACCCAAAGGAGGUGAUGGGGACCCAACGGUGUUGGUGGGCACCCAAAGGAGGUGAUGGGC